AUGGAGGCGCUUGUCACCAAAGCCAGCUGUCAAGUCGAAAAGAUUAAAGUUGCUAAAGAUCUAGUGGAGAAAGAAUUUGAUUUUAUGGAGAAGGCUUGCAGAGAAAGGCGUGUUGAAAUUGAACGCUUUUUCAGAGAAGUAAGGCAUAUAUUUCUCAUUAGGGAGAAAGAGCAAACAGUAUUCCUAACUACUUACUAGUUUCAAUCAGCAGUCAUUUUAUCUACGGAAUAACGGUUCAUGCUGGCAGUUAAAUAAAGAAACAAAAUGGUCAAAAAUUUUGACAUUUAAUGUCCUCAACAUGGAAUGUAGAAACCAGCGAUUUUUAAAUGCUUAUCGCGGAUCAUGAACUAGGAUCGUUGGACGUUUUUUUUUUGUGAUAUCUGGAUUGUUUGUUUGGAAUAAAUCCACGGAUAUAACAGGGUGUGUUUUCUUUUUCAUAUUUAUUAGCUUCGUUCCGCAUUAUCUAACCGAGAGGAUGCUCUGGUGAAGAAAUUACUCCGCCUUCGUCUACACAAGGAAGAUAUUCUCACCAAGCAGCUAUGCCGUUUAACAACUAACCAAGAAUUUCUAGAGGAUGCACUCCAACGAGCAAAGUCCUCCAUCCAAUCUUCUAGCGAUGUUCAGUUCCUUCUCAGCAGGCCGAAUAUAGUGUCCACGCUCGAGACUGAAGAAAACUACUCAGUGGUGCUUGAACCAGAGGCACAGUUUUUACCGGAGUUCACCAUGGAAGAAAAGGACAAAAAGGUGAGAAUUCAUUUACAUUUACCAUAUUACAAGCAUUCCCUCUCUACUAGGCCUAUAUGCUCGGAUUUGGUCAGGUUCGUAAAGGUUCUUAAUGUUCCAGCUCACAGACCCAAAAAACCUGCAAAUAGUCGAACUUUGGGCUGUAAUUUAUUUUAGGUGGGAUAUCAUUUAUAUAUACUACUAAUAAUAUAGGUCCAAUCACGGAUCCUUGAGGUACGUUGCUUUUUACCGGAACCCAUGAGGACAUUCCCCUUCUUAUACUACUCUUUGUUGUCCUUGAUGCAAGAAACUCUCUAUCCAUUGAUUGCUGCGGAGCGACCGAAGGGAGCGAGCAGCAACAUAAUCAGGAUUUAAAGGAAAUAUAUAAGGGGCGACGAAUUCUCGAAUUCAUCACAUUUUACCACAAUGCAUUGCAUUUAAACACACUUUUUACCACAAUGCAUUGCAUUUAACCAGAGUGCAUUGCGCCACGAACAACUCAAAUAAAAACACGUGGAAGUUCGGUGGGUGAGAGUGCAUCGUUCGCUGCUUAGACGUAGAGUUUUCUUUGUGGCAAAUUUUCUACAGCACGGUUAGAGGUCUUACCGAAUUUUAAGACACACAGGAGUCUUUCAGAUGAGUACGAUGGUUAGCUUGGGGAUUGGAUUUCAAUUCAAGAGCCUUUGACUCGUCCAGGUGUUAAACCUGACGAGAAGAUGAGCAUUUGCUCUUCGACUCCGCAACACGGGGGAUAUACAAAUUCCACAGCUUGCUAGAAGGUGAUGUGAAAGUGAGAAAAUGUCAUGCAAUGCUAUUCUUAAGAAACUGUAUGAGCCGAAAAUGGAUGUGAUUUUGACCAGUCGCUUCAAAAUAACAGCGGAAAUCGAGAUAACAAAACAUAUGUUUUGUGUCCUACUUUGCAAACGAGGACGUGUAUCGGCGUUUUGAAAAGCAUAAUUAUGUUCUUUCAUUCAUUCAUUGCCAUGGAAGAUGCGUUUACAUUGUUUUUUCACUGUUAAUAGCUCGGUUAAUGCGGUCGGCGAUCAUCUUGCUGGCGGAAGUUUCAUGGAAAAGGAAUAAAAUGAAAGACUUUUACUACAGAUUACGUAAUUAGCCUCUGCGGUGUAGUGGUUAGGUGUAGUCGCGUCGAGUCGAAGGUGCCGGGUUCGGGUCCUACCGAAUUGUUUAUUCCUACUUUCUUUUUUUUUCCGUUUCUUUGUGUUGUUGUUUUCUAUAAAUAUAUAGCUAAAUAACUGUUACUUAAUUAAGCGGGUUUUUCACUUCACUUAUCUAGGUAUAGUUUUUGAUGACCGCCUUAGCUGGAACGAGCAAAUAAAGUACCUAAUUUCGAAGGCGGGAAAACGCGUAGGAAUGCUCGGCAGGCUUCGCAGAAGCCUCACUAGAGAGAGUACAAAUGUAGUGUAUUGUAGUCUAAUUAGGCCAAUUUUAGAAUACUGUGUAAGUGUGUGGGGCUGUUGCGGGGAAGGUCUUAAACAAGACCUUGAAGCCCUCCAAAACCGGGCUGCUAGGAUAGUGGCUUGUAGUAUGCGCAGCAAGCAGGCAUUGGACGUUCUGAAAUGGCCCACCUUGGAGGAGCGCCGACGUCAAUCUGUUUUUAAACUCGUUAAGAAAUGCCUGCAAGGUCAAUGUCCCCAAUAUUUUAAACAAUAUUUUAAACGUAAUGAUACAAUCCAUGCGCUACUAGACAAAGCAACCUCUUACAUCCGCCUGCUGUGAGAACUGAAAUUGCAAAAAGAUCCUUCUAUUAUUAUGGUUGCACUCUUUUUAACGAAUUAUCUUAAUGAUAUUUCGUGUUUUACAUCUUUUGAUCUUUUAAUUGAAAAUAGUUUUCUAUUUAUAUUAUUACCUGUAUUAGUGUAAUGUUUAUAUGUUUAGUGUGGUUUUUGUGCGUUGUUGCUCAGGGCUCCCAUUGAUAACAGACAGCUUUUUGCGUCUGAAGGGGCUACCCUGAGCGGUAUAAAUUAAUAAAGUUUCUUCUUCUUCUUUUUCUUCUUCUUCUUCUUCUUCUUCUUCUUCUUCUUCUUCUUCUUCUUCUAAUAAAGUGCAAGAAACAGCAAGAAAAGUAUUGUGUUUCCAGAGAAAAUAUCGUGCACCGUAUAUUAAAUAUAUGGAUAAACAAUCUGAAUUUCUAUUAUUUCCUACAAUUUACUGUGGGAAAACCAGAGUUGAUAACCACUUGAUCAUUUUUUAAACAACGUUCCCACGAGUUCUUUCUAUAGACUGAUAGUAAUUAUUCUAGCACUUUCCAACAUGUAAAUAGGACAUUCAAUGUCAUUUUUGAUUCUUUUUAAGUCUCACUGCCUAACUAAUGCCAGUAUCAACAGAAUGUGCCGCAGCAUUACUAUCUUUUAGAUACCCUAGUUGAUAAAACUAUUGAUACCAUAUGCUCUGAGCUUGCGUCAAAUUGUGAUUUUAGUUAUCCAUGAAUUAGCCUGGGACCAGGCUAACGGUUUUCUUCGGACGCCAUUCUUUUCCCCGGGAUGAAUAGAGUAGCAGAUAUUCUCCACAUAGCAGUUGUCAUCUACCCUGGUCCCGGACGUUUUUCUUGAAAAUUUUCUCCGGGUAAGAGAGAACGAGCUGCGCAAAGCGGCCGUCUGGUACCAGGGUAGUUGGUAUUCGUCGAGUAGUAUUUAUUCAUUCCCGUGUGAAAUUUUUCGCCGUUGUCUCCGGCUCUACCAAAAGAGCCUAAGCUGAGCUAACACAGCCUCUUCCCCAGGGCUUCACGGAUGUCUACCUUUUUCUGCAGUUAUCCUACUCAAUUGAUGCAACUUCGUCCCCAGGGCUUUUCCCUUAAAAAAUGGGUGGGGCGGGAAAAGCCCUGGGGACGAGGUUGCAAUUGAUGCCUUUUUAAGGGGGAUAUCGCAAAAGUCAUCCAAAUUUGGUCAUCGCUUACUAGUUCUGAAGAAUUUGUCGAGGAUUUGAGCCAAUUAUUAAUCUCUCAGUACAAUAUAGUGGAUGCAACGUACGUUGCCUGUAUAGACCUAUGUGGGAAACUGGUACACAGUGUGAUGUCAGUAUCACGUGUUUUCUUUUUGGGAAAAUCCCAACCCCCGCGAGCUUUUCCCUUGCUCGAAGAUUCUGAGUUUUUUCUGAUGUUGUCCCUGCUUGUUAUUCUGAGAAGCUGCAUUUCUACUCUGAAGGUUUUGAAUUGUGAUCUUGAAGAUCACCUGAAGAAAGUCUACGAUUGUGUCCUUUUUGUGCAGACUAUACCAGUCGUGUGGCCCACCUUUUCGCAGAGUCGUUGCCCAUGAUCCAGGGACACCCAACGAGAAUAUAGGUCAAAACCACUUAAACAUAGCAUUGUUAAACGUAUUUUAGUACUUACACGGUAGAUAUAGGAAUACUUUUAUCUCCUAAAAAUUUUUCAUCUGUUCGGGUUUCCUAGCUGAAAGUCUAGUGAUCCGAAAAUUAUAGGGAUCAAAACUUACCUUUCGAAAAUUUCAGCCAUAAAAAAGGCUCCCGAAAAUUCUAGGUGACCUCUUUAGGGGAAAAAUCCGUUAAAAAUGGGCAAUUACACCAUUUUUUAGAUGUUCGAAAAUCCUAGGAGAGGCUGGCAAGCAAGAAAUUUUACAACAAAUUAAUGUUCCGAAAAUAGUCUAGAUCUCAAAUCGUUGGGUGCCCCGGAUGAUCGAUUAGAGUACAGACACACCAAAAUGCAUUUCUCAGUUCACAAAUAUAUCUUUCUCUACGAACUCAUCCUUUAGUUGCUUAAAAUGUGGUUGUCGCAAAGAAAAUUUUAUUUUAUAAAACUGCUGAGAAACAGAAUAUCAAGUACUAAGCGUGCCAAGUAAAUGUUUUUUUUAGUAAAUGAGCUUUUCAAAAUUGAAUUUGUAAAGAAUGUAAAAUGCAACGAUCUCUUUCAGCCUGUCACAUACUGUCCCAACAAGGUAUCAGCGGUUAUCCAGAGCGCAGGAAACAUCAGUGACCUAUCAACUUGUGCUGCAAACACAAAUGCGACUGGCCCAGGAAUAACAACUGCAAACCCUGGAAGCAAGGCGACAUUCACUAUUACUUCUCGCGACAGCCAAAACGUUAAACGCAAGCGUGGUGGCGACGUUUUUGUGGUGAAACUGAAACCAGAGAAGGGAGGAAAUGAAAUAAAGGUAGAAUUAAACGACCGAAAGAAUGGAACUUACUUGGCAGAAUAUACUGUUGAAAAGUUGUGU